GAAUUAAAAUGGAGGACGAGGAACAUACUGUUAAGCUCUGACGGAGAGAGAGUGAGAGUUCCCGGGCAAUUUUCGCUGAUUUUCCCGCCACCUUAAAACAUCGACCCCCGUAAGAGUUCCCGGGCAAUUUUCGCUGAUUUUCCCGCCACAUUAAAACAUUCCUCUCUUUUAUUCGACGAUCUCCUAACUUCUCCUCCUCCUUCUUCCGUCUUCUUCUCAGUCACAGUUCCAGCGAUUCCACAUUUCCACACCCCUCAGUAAGCUUGUCUCUCUUCUUCUUCAUCUUCGCUAAAUUAACACCUUCACAAACGGCGAUGUCGGCGUCGCGUCGUCGGACCAACGGCCAAUCCCCACUGGUCAACCCACAGCGCCAAAUCACUUCCUUCUUCUCCAAAGCCACUUCCACUCCGUCCCCAAUUUCUUCCAAACAAACCCAAAACCCUAAAUCUACCCCCAUUUCUUCCAAGCAAACCCAAAACCCUAAAUCUACUCCCAUUUCUUCCAAACAAACCCUAAACCCUAAAUCUAACCCCAUUUCUUCCAGACAAACCCUAAACCCUAAUUCGAAUCCUGGUCCCAGUCAUAGCCCUAGCCCCACAACCCCUUUGCCUCUCGAUUCCAAGCCCAGCUCCAAGACCAACCCCAAAAAAUCCAACGGCCACGAGGCUGUCGGGAAGAGGAUCAAGGUUUACUGGCCGUUGGAUGACAACUGGUACGAAGGUUAUGUCAAGUGCUUCAAUAAGCACAGUGGCAAGCAUUUGGUUCAGUACGACGAUGCUGAAGAAGAAAUGUUGGAUUUGGAAAUGGAGAAGAUCGAGUGGGUCCCGGAAACCGUGAAGAUUUUCAAGCGUUUGAGGCGAGGCCCUUUGCCAACUCCCACCAAUGUGGAUGUAGAUGUGGUGAUGGAGGAUGAGGAAGACAGCAACGGUGUAGCUGAUGAUGAUUCGAGCGAUGAGGAUUGGGUAAAGAGUGGGGACAAAGAGUUAGUUGCUGAGGUUGGUGACGAUGAAGAGGAGCUUAGGGAAUUGGAGGAUGAGGAAGAUGAUGUGGUGCCCACGAACACAAACAAAAGAAAGCGGGGUGACUCCGGUGGUAAAAGAAAAUUGAGCGGUGGAGGGAGUUUGGGGUCUGCUAAGAAGACCAAGUGUGGUGGAAAUGUGGGUAUGAACGGCCUCAAGGGUGUGUCACCGGAGCCUACCCCUAAUGCUGAAGGGACAAAUGCGACUAAUGGUAUGGAUACUGUUUUAUCUGGUGAUGCCUCAUCAAGGUUUAGCUUGCGUGAAGCUGAGAAGUUGCACUUCCUUGGGGAACAGCGCAUGGAUGCCAAAAGAAGAAGCCUUGGAGAUGCAAAUUAUGAUCCAAGAACUCUGUACUUACCUCCCGGAUUCUUAAAGAGUUUAUCAGGUGGCCAGAGACAAUGGUGGGAGUUUAAGUCAAAGCACAUGGACAAAGUUAUCUUUUUCAAGAUGGGCAAAUUUUAUGAACUUUUUGAAAUGGAUGCACAUAUAGGAGCAAAAGAACUUGGUCUGCAGUAUAUGAAGGGUGAACAACCCCAUUGCGGAUUUCCGGAGAAGAAUUUCUCAAUGAAUGUGGAGAAACUUGCCAGGAAGGGGUAUCGAGUUCUUGUAGUGGAGCAGACAGAAACACCUGAACAGAUGGAUCUUCGUCGUAAAAAGGAUGGCUCUAUAGAUAAGGUUGUGAAACGUGAAAUAUGUGCAGUGGUUACAAAAGGAACACUAACUGAGGGAGAGGUGCUGUCAGCAAACCCUGAUGCUUCUUAUCUAAUGGCAGUGACUGAAAAUUCUCAGAAUUUGGCAAAUGAAAAUGCAGAGCGGGUUUUUGGGGUUUGUGUAGUUGAUGUUGCUACCAGCCGGGUCAUUCUUGGGCAGUUUGGAGAUGAUCUAGAGUGCAGUGCCUUGUCUUGUCUCUUGUCUGAGCUGAGGCCUGUUGAAAUUGUAAAACCUGCAAAUCUACUUAGUCCUGAAACAGAGAAAGUGCUGAUUCGGCAUACAAGAAGUCCUCUAGUGAAUGAGUUAGUCCCAGUAUUGGAAUUCAUGGAUGCUGAGAGAACUGUUCAGGAAGUUAGAAGUAUAUACAGGCGUGCCGAUGAUCAAUUGGUUUCUGGUUCUCCAAAGAAAGCCAGUUUUCAUGGCAGUGAUUCUCAUUUAGAAGAAGAUGGCUAUGGCUGCUUGCCAGAUGUGCUGUCAGAGAUGGUGAGAGCAGGUGAGAAUGGCAUCUGCGCACUUUCAGCUCUUGGAGGUGCUCUUUUCUAUUUAAAGCAGGCCUUCCUGGAUGAGACAAUACUCAGAUUUGCAAAAUUUGAGUUACUUCCAAGUUCUGGUUUUGGUGAUACCGUAUCAAAACCAUACAUGGUUCUUGACUCAGCUGCCCUAGAGAACCUUGAGAUUUUUGAGAACAACAGAAAUGGAGACUCUUCAGGGACAUUGUAUGCACAAUUGAACCACUGUGUUACUGGAUUUGGGAAGAGAUUGCUUAGAACAUGGCUUGCAAGACCUCUCUAUCAUGUAGAGUUUAUAAAGCAACGCCAGGAUGCUGUUGCAAGUCUUCGGGGAGUUAAUCUUCCUUAUGCACUUGAAUUUCGUAAAGCAAUUUCUAGGCUUCCGGACAUGGAGCGGUUGCUUGUGCGUGUCUUCUCUAGUAGUAAUGCUUGCGGAAGGAAUGCUAAGAAAGUGGUUUUCUAUGAGGAUGCUGCAAAAAAACAGCUUCAGGAGUUUAUUUCAGCUUUACGUGGUUGUGAACUCAUGGCUCAAACAUGUUGUUCUCUUAAAGUUAUCUUGGAAAAUGUUGAAUCUGCACAACUUCAUCAUCUGCUGACACUGGGUAAAGGUCUUCCUGAUGUCAACUCAGUUCUAAAACAUUUCAAGGAUGCCUUUGAUUGGGUAGAAGCCAAUAAUUCAGGGCGUAUAAUACCUCAUGAAGGAGUCGAUAUUGAGUACGACUCUGCUUGUGAAAAAGUAAAGGAGAUAGAGUCUCAUUUAACAAAACACCUCCAAGAACAGAGAAAGUUACUGGGAGAUAAAUCGAUCACUUAUGUCACAGUCGGAAAAGAUUCUUACCUAUUGGAAAUGCCAGAAAGUCUGUGCAGUUGUAUUCCUCCGGAUUAUGAGUUACGUUCGUCCAAAAAGGGUUUCUCGAGGUACUGGACCCCAGAUAUCAAGAAGUCAUUGACAGAGCUCUCGCAAGCUGAAACUGAUAAGGAGUCCUCACUAAAAAGUAUUUUGCAGAGGUUAAUUGGACGUUUCUGCGAGCAUCGUCUUAAAUGGAGACAAUUGGUCUCUGUGACUGCAGAAAUCGAUGUUUUAAUCAGUCUAGCAAUUGCAAGUGAUUAUUUUGAAGGCCCCUCUUGUCAGCCAGUUGUCAUGAGUUCAUCAUGUAGUAAUGAAGUACCUCGUUUUUCUGCUACAAGUUUGGGCCAUCCUGUUCUUAGAAGUGAUUCUUUAGGAAAGGGUGCAUUUGUAUCCAACGACAUUUCCAUUGGAGGUUCUGGCCAUGCAAGCUUUAUCCUUCUCACUGGUCCUAACAUGGGUGGAAAGUCUACUCUUAUUCGUCAAGUUUGCUUGGCUGUGAUUUUAGCACAGUUAGGAGCAGAUGUUCCUGCAGAGAGCUUUGAGCUUUCUCCUGUUGACCGAAUCUUUGUUCGUAUGGGUGCUAAAGAUAAUAUCAUGGUAGGCCAAAGUACAUUUCUGACGGAGCUUUCAGAAACUGCAACAAUGCUGUCUUUAGCUACUCGUAAUUCAUUGGUGGCACUGGAUGAGCUUGGACGUGGAACAUCAACUUCAGAUGGACAAGCCAUUGCGGAAUCAGUUCUUGAGCAUUUUAUCUACAAGGUCCAGUGCCGAGGAAUGUUUUCUACCCAUUAUCACCGACUAGCUGUAGAUUAUCAAAAUAAUUCUAAGGUUUCACUAUGUCAUAUGGCAUGCCAAGUUGGAAACGGAGAUGGAGGUGUGGAAGAAGUUACAUUUCUAUACAGGUUGAAUCCUGGUGCAUGCCCUAAAAGCUAUGGUGUCAACAUUGCACGGUUAGCUGGACUUCCUAUUUCCGUCCUUAAAAAAGCUACCGCCAAGUCCAGGGAAUUCGAGGCUACAUAUGGUAAACACAGGAAGGCAUCUGGAGAUAACAUUUGCUUUCAAGAGUUGAUUAGCAUUGUGGCAAAAUUGACUAGUCAUGAGUUUACCAAAAGCAUUGACAUGGACUCCCUGACAGAAGUUUGGCAUAGAGCAAGACUACUACAGCAAGAAAGUUGAUAAUGAUGGCUUCUUUUGCACUCUAUAAGCUUUGAGUUUGCACUCGGAAUGAAGAUUUUGGGAAUGGCCGGCUACUCGCAAGGCGUUUGCUAUAGUCUUACCAAUGGCUGGGGAACGUGUAACUAAAGGGAAGAAGUACAUAUUUUUGAGCCUCAAGCCGCGUAUCAUCAUCCACCAGAAUUGGGUAAAUUCCUGUUUCCGCCAGGGGAGCGGUUCUUCCAUUGUAAAAGAUAGUUGCAAUGUUGAUGUAUUGGUUCCGAUAUUCGACCCGACAAGCUUCCAAGGUUGUUGGUUUGGUUGUUUCCUUAUUAGUAUACGAUAUAUUUCUUUAUCAUCAAAGUGGUGGUUCACCCAA